AAAGUCCAACCUGUCGGUUUUGGCUGCUGGCCAUGGGGUGAUGUGCUGUCAUACGGCUGGGGGCCCAGUGGCGGCUACGACCAGAAUCUGAACGAUGACAGUGUGCGAGACGCGUGGCGUACCAUCUUCGCGCAUUCCUCGAUCGCCAUGCUCGACACGGCGGAACACUACGGAUACACCGACGGCUACUCGGAGAAGAGCAUCGGACGCAACUGGGCCUUCGACACCGAGGAGGGGAAAGCGGACCGAAGCAAGAUCGUCUACGCAACAAAAUACCUGCCUACCCCAUGGCGACAUCCGUGGAAGUACCCGGACAUUGUUCUCAACGCGUUCCGUGGCAGCCUGGAGAGAACUGCGCUGGGGGACAUCGACAUCUACCAGAUCCACGGGCCAUCCCACUUCGGCGUAUGGCCUAGAUUGGAUACGUUGCUUGACAGUCUGGCAAAGGCGUAUGAGCUGGGGCACAUCAAGGCAAUCGGGACAUGCAACUUCGGGUUCGAGAAAGUAAAGUAUGUGUACACUAGGUUGAAGCAGCGAAAUGUGCCGCUUGUCUCAAAUCAAGUUGAAUUCUCACUGCUCAGGCAAGACCCUUGGUCCACUGGACUUAUCGAAAAGUGCCUCAAGUUAGGGAUCAUCACCAUCGCCUACUCACCGCUUGCUGUCGGCCGCUUGACUGGCAAGUAUUCCUCCUCCAAGCCUCCACGGGGUAACCGUAACUUUGGUGAUCUUGCCUGGGCCAAGAUCCAGCCUGUCGUUGACGAGCUCAGCCGCAUCGGCGCAAAAGAGGGCAAGACCCCAAGCGCAGUAGCGCUUAAUUGGGUCAUCUGCAAAGGUGCCAUCCCGAUACCUGGGGUAAAGAACGGAGUGCAGGUCAAAGACUGUUUGCAGGCCAUGGGAUGGAGGCUUAGUAAGGAGGACGAAGGCAGACUUGAUGUUCUUGGGCUUACGAACUCGUGGGAUUGG